CGGGCGUGAAAUAAAAAAUUCCCACAUAGAGAUACAGGUCUAGCGUUGUUCCUAGGAAGCUACCGAGGCCGUUGUAACAAAGCCCGUUCCUUACAGCGAAGAUGACAGCAUCCAUGGUCUCAACAUCCAAGGCCGCCUCCAAGGACAACAGCACCAACAGUCUCGCUCUCACUCAACGCAGCAAGUUCCCCACACCUCAAUCCCUCGAUAAACUCACCAAGCCGUUCAAAUGCCCCGGCUCCGCGACGCGCACCGUAGCCGUCGACCGGCCGGCACGAAAGCGCAGAAAGAUCGAUUAUAAAGGUGCUGGUGGCGAAGACGACGAGGAUGGCGCCGACAAGCCCUACACCAACGCCGAUCGGCUCGCCCUCGCCAACCGCGACGCCAACAAGUUCCCCGUGUUCGCAGUCAAAGACAAGUCACAGGUAUUUCGCAAGGCGUUCUCCGUGCCGCUCAUCAACAAGAACACGACCGCGUACAACCCAAACCGCCCCCCACCCACGCUCGGCCUGAGACAGGGCGCCGUCUUUGUGGCUAAGCCGCUGCAUGACCCGUGCGACGAGUUUGCUAUUGUGCUGUAUGAUCCGACAGUGGAUGAUAAGCCCAAGGAUACGGCGCCAAAGGCCAUUGAAGAAAAGAAGGAAGAACCAGAGGUCAAGGUUGAUGCGCCGCUGGUGCACAAGAGUCUGGCGGAGAUUCUGGGCAUCAAGAAGAAAGUCGAGGGUGAGCACCCUCGUGUCCCGGUGGUGAUUGAUCCCAGGCUGGCCAAGGUGCUGCGGCCGCAUCAGAUCGAGGGUGUCCGGUUCAUGUACCGGUGCGUGACGGGCAUGAUUGAUGAGAAGGCGAAUGGUUGCAUCAUGGCGGACGAGAUGGGCUUGGGAAAGACGUUGCAGUGCAUCACGCUACUGUGGACGCUGUUGAAGCAGUCGCCGGAUGCUGGAAAGUCGACGAUCCAAAAGGCCAUUGUGGCGUGUCCGUCGAGUUUGGUCAGGAAUUGGGCGAAUGAGUUGGUCAAAUGGUUGGGCGCGGACGCUAUCACGCCCUUUGCCAUUGAUGGAAAGGCCUCGAAGGAGGAGUUGACGAGGCAGCUGCGGCAGUGGGCGAUUGCCAGUGGACGGUCUGUGACGAGACCGGUGAUCAUCGUCUCGUACGAGACGCUAAGGCUCAAUGUGGACGAGCUUAAGGGGACUCCCAUUGGGUUGAUGCUUUGCGACGAGGGUCAUCGCCUGAAGAACGGAGACAGUCAGACGUUUAGCGCCUUGAACAGCCUGAAUGUUUCGAGGAGGGUCAUCUUGUCUGGUACACCCAUUCAGAACGACUUGUCAGAGUACUUUGCUCUGAUCAGCUUCGCCAACCCAGAUCUCCUCGGUACUCGUCUCGAGUUCCGCAAACGUUUCGAAAUUCCGAUUCUACGCGGCCGCGAUGCUGACGCCUCGGAAGCUGAGCGAAAGCGUGGUGACGAGUGCUUGGUUGAACUCCUUGCCAUCGUCAACAAGUUCAUCAUUCGUCGUACCAACGAUAUUCUCUCCAAGUACCUCCCCGUGAAGUACGAGCACGUUGUCUUCUGCAACCUCGCUCCCUUCCAGCUCGACUUGUACAAUUACUUUGUCGCCUCCCCCGACAUCCAAGCUCUCCUGCGUGGCAAGGGCUCUCAACCUCUCAAGGCCAUCAACAUCCUCAAGAAGCUCUGCAACCACCCAGACCUGCUCGACCUAUCGGCCGAUCUGCCUGGCUGCGAGCAGUACUGGCCAGAAGACUACGUACCAAAGGAAGCGCGCGGCCGCGACCGCGACGUCAAGCCAUGGUACUCUGGAAAGAUGCAAGUGCUCGACCGCAUGCUCGCCCGCAUCCGCGCCGACACCAACGACAAGAUUGUGCUCAUCAGCAACUACACCCAAACGCUUGACCUCUUUGAGCGUCUCUGCCGCAACCGGCAAUACGGCUGUCUGCGACUAGACGGCACCAUGAACGUCAACAAACGCCAAAAACUUGUCGACAAAUUCAACGACCCGGAAGGCGACGAGUUUGUCUUUUUGCUCUCUUCCAAAGCCGGUGGGUGCGGCCUCAACCUGAUCGGUGCCAACCGACUCGUCCUCUUCGACCCGGACUGGAAUCCAGCAGCCGAUCAGCAGGCGCUGGCGCGCGUGUGGCGCGAUGGCCAGAAGAAGGACUGCUUUGUCUACCGCUUCAUCGCCACGGGUACCAUUGAAGAGAAAAUCUUCCAGCGACAGAGCCACAAGCAAUCCCUUUCGUCGUGCGUCGUCGACAGCGCCGAAGAUGUGGAGAGACACUUUUCUCUGGACUCGCUGCGCGAGCUGUUCACUUAUAGACCCGGGACCAAGAGCGAUACCCAUGACACGUUCAAGUGUAAGCGGUGUAAACCGGAUGGUAGGCAGUAUAUGAAGGCGCAGGCCAUGUUGUAUGGCGAUACUAGCACUUGGAAUCACUUUGUUAAUCAUUGGGAGGGCGAGGACGCGGCGGGUAAGAGUGGAAAGGGCGGCGACCCGAAUGGUGGUAGUGGAGGAAUGAAGAGCAUUCAUGAUCAUUUGUUGAGGCAGGAGGUUGGGGAAAGGGAUGUUAGUGCUGUGUUUCAGUAUAUCUCUCAUUGA